AUGCGCAGCCUCUUCGCCACCAUCUUCUACCUCCUCUUCGCCCUCUUCCACUGGAAGCUCGGCCACAAGAUCAUGAUGUUCAUGUUCCUCUCUGGUGGUGUCUUCUUCGGUGUUAUCGCUGGUAUCCUUACCGCUACUCCCUUCGGCCACGGUCUCCAGUGCAAGCACAACGCCGACCACUUCUCCGAGCCCUGGCGCCGCUUCGCUGGCGAGUGUGCCCGCAUCCAGGCCAUUGUCGGUCUCUCGUGGGCCCUCUUCGGUCUUAACACCAUCGGCUUCUUCUGGGCCAUCGCCGACAAGUUCUCGUGCGUCUCGAAGCGCGACUACGUCUACGCCCCCUACGUUGCCCCCGAGGGCACCGACGUCGAGAAGGGCGAGACCGAGGCUGCCGCCGCCCACUAA